GUAACCCUACGUGCUUCCUGUCUUUCCUUUGUCCUCAUGUUGGCUGAUAGGCUUUUAAUUCAGACUCCUUUUUUACUUGCAGAUUAGAUCUUAGUUGUGAGGUAAGCACCUCGACCCUGACAUCAUUAAUGGAUUACUCUUUGAUUAUUCACAGGCCCCCGGCCGAAUGUGGGUCAGCUUGGAAUUAGUGGGUGUGGGUAAAGGUUGUAGUCUGCCUGCUACUGUACUAAUAAGGUUGUCUGUCUGCGUGUGGCGCGGCUGGUGUUGGUUUCUCUCAAACAACAGAGGUUCAGCUUUUCUUCGCGUCACCCUUCUUCCCUUUUUAUCGUCUCCCUGCUCCAUCUCACCACGUGGAAGCUCUUCACAGUGCAACAUGGCAGAAGCCCAAGCAUUCAUCGAGGAAGCUCUGCCUGUGCAGUGGAAACUUUUCAAUCGACGCGGCAGGAAGUCCGGAUGCUCUAAUAUCUUUACGGGGGUCAACUUUCACCAACUGCAGAGGCUGUACAGAGCAGCAGGAGACAGAGAUGCCAAACAUCGAGCAAAGCGGGUGUGGCGAGAGGGAGCAGAGGAGAGGACGGACAAGGAGGGCGAGGAGAGAGAGGAUGAGGCGAGGCUUGCUCAGGCCUUGGUGGGACUCAGAGUCCGAGCAAGGAACAAAGCAGGUAUCAGAGUGGAAGGACACAGAGAUCACAAGUGGCUGGGAGCAUCAGGGUGUGUCAAGACCGAGGAGCCAUUAUCAGACUAUACUGUUGAGGAUGAGGAGACUGCCCCAGUGCCAAGUCAGGGAGAAUUCCUGUUGCCUGCUUCUGCUGAGGAAAACAUCCCUGAAAACCAGACACCAUUAAAACCAUCCUCAUGGAGGGCGGGUGUGGCCAGGCAGGACAGUACCAGUCACUCUGAACACUACCUUCACCGCAUUCUGCACUGA